AUGCUCUCUCGCCAAUUCGCCCGUGGAUUCAGUUCUACCUCUAAAAAUGCCAUGGCCAAGAUGUCGCUCAUCGGCACCAUCGGUUCCGACCUGGAGCAAGCCACCACUUCCACCGGUAAGGAAUACUUGAAGUACUCUGUUGCUGUCAAUGGCGGUUCCAAGGAUGCCCCGCAGACAAGUUGGUUCAAGAUUGCUGUUUUUAACCCCACUGAAAUCAAGUACAUGAACCAAUACUUGGGAAAGGGUGCUAAGGUGUACCUGGAAGCUGAUGUCUCGAACAACUCGUACGAGAAGGCGGACGGAACAAGAGCGACUUCUCUCAUGCUUUUCCAGACCAAUCUGGAGACCAUCAAGUUCCCCAAGCGUGACAUUGAUGAAGCUGAGAGUGCCACUGCUUAG